AUGCAAGAAUAUCAACGAAAGUCAUUCUUGGCCAUCCUCGGGAUAUUCGGUCAGUUGGUUGAGCAAGUAGUAGCUGUUUCGCCUACCUUUCUGGAACACAACCUGCUCAACGUUGAGUUUUUGACAGAAUUUUAUAAUUGUCUGAACACCGCUACUCAAGACGAAAAAAUUAAGGGAAUAGUUUUAUUGUCCGGCAAGCCGAAGAGUUUCAUCGCGGGUGCUGAUUGCCGAACGGUCGAAGACGGUACAGCACUUUCGCUGAGAUGCCAGAGCGUUCUGAACCGGAUACAUACGAACCUAAAACCAGUGAUCGCUGGCAUCAUGGGUUCGUGCAUGGGCGGAGGAUUUGAGCUCGCUUUAGCUUGUGACUAUCGGAUAGCUGUCAAUACUAAAGAGACGGUCUUCGCCCUGCCUGAAGUAAAACUUGGUCUCCUUCCAGCCGCAGGCGGUUGCCAGCGGUUGCCGCGAUUGGUAAUAGAGGGUCUAAACAUGAUUCUCACUGGGAAAAGUGUACCAGCGAUCACCGCCAAAAAGUUGGGUAUUGUCGACAUGCUCAUUCAACCGUCAGGAGCUGGUGUUAAAGAAAAGGGAGCAACUGCUGUUGAAGAGCUGGAAAAGAAUGCCGUACGCGUGGCACAAGCGAUUUUAGCAAAAGAAGUCACUGUUAAGCGAUGGCGAGGAUUUAUGACAGGUAGCCAAGCACUGGAACACGUUUUCGAUAUCGAUUUGUUCAAAAAUAUGUUUUUAACGUACAUGGCUAACAAAGUGAACAAAAUGACCAAAGGCCAUUAUCCGGCUCCUCCACUGAUCGUGAACGUUGUUCGAAAGGGUUAUUGCUUGAGAUGUUUGCUUAUUAAGGCUUUUGGGCUGUUGCUGGUUACCAACGAGUCGAAAAAUCUGAUCGGUCUUUUCAAUGGUACGACUGCGUGCAAGCAAAAUUUCUUUGGCCAGCCCGCGAAGCCUGUCAAGUAUAGCAUAUCGUCGUAUUUAUUUAUCUCUCGUCUUUCUGACCGAUGUUUCCAGCAACAUUCUGUCAUUGCGCAUGAGAAUGAACCGAGUCUGCUGCGAAGCAUUGACCUUGUGACUAAAACGUUACUAUUUCAUUUACCUCUUUGUGAAAUCUCAGUCAGUGUAAUUAUUUCACAUAUUAAGAACUAA